UAGAAUGUAUUGCCGCGUUGGGGAGCGGUACCAGGACACUUGUGUUGUGCAACGUCGACAAUUUGGUGGAGGUAGCGUUAUGGUGUGGGGUGGAAUAACAGCACUGGGAAGGACCCCUUUACAAAUUACAAAUAUAUAUAUCAACCCAUGCAUCCAAUGUUUUGUUUGUAACAAGAGUCCUUACGAGUCAUUCAAUGUAAAAAUAAAUUAAGAAUAUACUCACGUACCUCAUUGUGAAUAACGAUUUAGUUUAUGCUUUUGAGUGUUCGUUACCAUGGCAACCAGGCUUGACCUAAAAUGGUCCUUUUGAAAGUCCUGAUUUAAUGAAAUACAGCAUAUUUAACCCCAAUAUUUCUUUUCAAGAAAAAAUGUUUUUAAACUUAAAAGUAUUCAUAAAUUAUCAAUUAUCAACAUAAUCAAGAAUCAAAUGUAUUGUCUCAAGUAUUAAAAGCUGGUAGAAGUAUAAAAAUAGCCAAUGUUGUGUUUUCCAUGAUACUGAUAAACACCAUUUCCCACAAUUUCUAUUGGAUUUAUCCAUUUAUUCCUAGAUAGGUUUUUAAAAAAAAAAAGACUUGAAUUUAAUCAUAUAUUAACUAUAGUCUCUCAUAUGCUGUAAAUUCCUAAAAUGUGUCUCUCAGAAUACUGGAGAAAUUCGAAAAGUUAAGACUAAUGUAUUCAUUAAUUCAAUGUAAUUUACAAGAUAUCGAACUGUGGACAACUUCUCAAAAAAUGUCAAUGCUGACUUUAUGCUACUGUCUUUUGUCACAAGUAAGAUAGCGCUUAUCUACAGUUUGAUAAGAGCGCAGAAUUCUUAAGUCAUUUUACUUCCAUGCCUGCGACAGUGAUACAAUAUGGCUAUCAUUUUACUUCUAAUAACGACCGUGUCUGUGGUCAGUGGAGCGAAUCCUGAUGGCUGGAGGGAAGAAUUGGAGAGACGUUUGUCUUUGGUAGAGGAAUCCAACGCCCAUCUUCGUAACGAGAACGAAAAGUUAAAUUCAAUGGUUCUUAACAUCCAACGCGAAAACAGAGAAAUAAAACGAGAUUUUAAAGAUUUAAGGGAACAAUUAAAUAACUGUGAAAUGAUGUCCGACACUAGGAUGACUAUAGAUUCACAACAGGAAGAGAUUGUCGAAAACCUUUCCGAAAGACCCACGCGUGGGAUCCAUCUUGGAAAGAACCAACCAGUUUCAAGAAUAAUUCCUCCCGACACAUACCCGAUCUCUGCCGUGGCUUUCUACGCCUAUCUCUCGAAGAAUUCUCCUCCAAAUCUUUCGCCCCACCAUCUGAUAGUCUAUGACGUCAUUAAAAUCAAUCGAGGUAAUGCGUACAAUGGAGGUGAUGGGAUCUUCAUCGCACCUGUAACUGGACUGUACGCCUUCCAUAUCUCUGUAUGUGUGACUGAAGGCAGAGAAAUUCCUUGGGCGAGUCUUGAAAUAACUGUGAAUGGAAAUAUCAUUGGCUCAACUUUUGAGGAAGGUCUAGCUACAGCUGGUGGAUAUCAUUGUAGUGGCACUCUAGUAUUAUCUGAUGUAAAUGUUGGCGACCAUGUCUUUGUCAGAACAGAGGAAGUUACCCGCGGGCCAAUACACAGCGAUUCCCGUGGCAGAACCUCCUUCUCUGGAUGGCUGUUGUAUAAAUAAGCCUACAUGUGUAUGUUUAUAUGAUUUUGCCAAUCAGAAUCUCUUCAAUAUUAUCAAGAAAAUACACAUAUUGAGAAAUUAAUUUUCGGUGGUUUAAUUCAAUUUUACUUUCAAAGGACAGAGUUCCUUAGUAAAGAUAAUGUAUAACUAAAACAAUAGCCACUGAUCAAUGUAAGGUAUUGCUAAGCAGCAGCACAAAUUCCACAAGAACAUUGCAGCUCAAAUAAAUUUGAUAUGACAAAAA